CCAGGCGUCACUGCUGAAACUGAUGUUAAUUACAGAACUUGAGAUCCACGUACAGAGCCAGAUAUGGACAGGUGUGAACAUGAAAGCACACAGUGAUGAGGACACUUAUCAAGAUGCAUUUUGAUAUCAAGGAUACAUUGGAUAUGAAUUACUCAGCCAAGCAAAGCCAGAUCGCUCACAUCAUGUCGAAGAUGGAGCAGAAGAGGUUGUUGCUGGAGGCGAAGGUGGCGUGUUACUGGAAGAUGGUGGAACAGGAGAACAGGUCCACACUAGGUUAUGAGAUCGAGCAGCCAUCGACGAACUGUGAAGUCGUGUGGGAUGACGUGUUAUGUUGGGACGCUGCCCCUGCCGGCUCCAUCGCCACUCAGCCUUGCCCGGACUACAUCAGCGGUUUCAACAGAAACGAGAACGCCACGAGACAAUGUACAGUCAACGGAACCUGGUUUGUGUCCCCUGAGAGGAACCACACCUGGACCAACUUCACAGCCUGCUCAAAACCAACCAUCGAUCUCAAGUUUCAUGCGGAGAACGCUGCCAGAUUGCGGCUCAUGUACAGCGUCGGCUACAGCGUCUCCGUCGCCUUCCUCGUCGUCGCCGUCGUCAUCAUGCUGUGUUGCAGACGGAUGCACAGCAAGAGUAACACCCUUCACGUCAAUCUCUUCAUUGCCUUCAUUCUGAGGGCAUCCGUCUCCUUCCUCAAGGAUCUGUUGUUUAAAGGAGUUGGUCUGGACAUGGAUGUCAGACUCAAAUCAGACGGGACCUACGAGUUCCUGGAAGGCCAUCACUGGCAGUGCAAGCUCGUGUUUGUGAUCUUCAACUACAGCAUAUCAGCCAGUAUCAUGUGGAUCUUUAUAGAAGGCCUGUAUCUCAACAUGCUGAUAUACAAGACUCUAGCCACAGAGCGGAGAGGCGUAAAGAUGUAUGUUAUUUUAGGCUGGGUCAUGCCAAUAUUCCUUCUGAUCCCAUGGGUUAUUGUAAAAGCUGUAUAUGAAAAUACAUAUUGUUGGAAUAUUCAAGAAAAUCGGCAAUAUUUCUGGAUAUUGAAGGGCCCAGGUGUCGCAAUCGUCAUUAUUAACUUCAUAUCGUUUGUCGACAUUUCCCGGAUAUUAUGCAUGCGUGCUCGACACAGCAAGACCAGCGCCGGGAAGGCGAAAUACAGGAAAUUAGCCAAGUUUAUCCUGGUAUUGAUUCCGCUGUUUGGCGUGACGUACAUUGUGUUUCUUGUGGCCUUCCCUGCUGAGUUCAACACACACUCCAUCAACAUGGCGCAUCUCUACAUAGAAAUGGCGUAUAACUCCUUCCAGGGUCUUGUUUUGGCAGUGCUCUUCUGCUUCUUAAAUGAAGAGGUUCACGGUGAGCUAAAACGUCUGUGGAGACGCCAUCAGAGCCGAAGGAGCGACAUGGCAGCUUUCCGUAUGUCGUCCGGUAGUUCAUGGAAGAAGUGCUCUAAACCAUCGCCUGCUCUGGACAGAAGACACCACAGAGAGCAGAUGAGGAAACAGGCUUCUACAAAGCCUGGGUAUAACCAUGAACACACUAACGAGUUACUGAAGACAACGCUGUUUACCAGGGCGUAUAACGUCGUCAGUAUCAGUGAUGACAUUGCUGGGGGUGGUGGAGAGGAGAUCGUCCUCUUCCGGUGAAAGGGGUUUCUUUUGCCAUGGACAACAAUGCUAACACACACUCUGUUGGAGGAAACCUACUGUGUGACCACGCAUAAGGAGGGCAUCAAAGCUAGGACAGAGGGUCAAGACUUGUGUAAUUGUAGGUCCACAAUCUGGGGUUGUUCAGAUCAUUGAGUUAGGGAAUCUGGAAUAAUAUUCGUUAAAUUUCCCAUGUGUAUAUCACUGUAGUAGAUGUGAUGGAUGUGGAGGCACACAGCAAGCAGCACGUGGUCGAAUCCGGACCAGAGAAACCAGAGGAUGUAAAUCUAGCAUGGUCAGCAAUCCAGGCUGUUGGGGCACAGCCACACAAACGAGUAUGACUAUCAAGUACAGUACACGUUGAAUCCCCAAUGAGAAGAAACAAAUACUAACCAUGAUGAAUAUGAGAUGCCUCUAAGACGUAUGUACAUAGUCACCUUAUGUGUGUACGUGUAUAUGUAUGCCUUUAUGAUAAAAUUCAUUAUGUUUUGAGAAGGUUAACUGUUUAAUAUACGAUCACAUGCCUGUGUGUCAUUCAUUGUAUCAAUGGUUCGCUUUAUAAUCUUAUGUCAAUGAAAAUGAUAUGUCCCCACACACCUUACUGUUGCUCAAUGUAAUAGAUGUUUUUGUAAUAAAAUUAUCCAUGGAAAUAAUA